UUGAAUUAUGUCGAUAAAGUGUGUUGAUAAGAUGACUUCAGAUCGAUAACGUGUGAUGUUGAUUUUUAAAAACCCUUUUAAAACUCUUGUAAAUCCGUUGAAAAGUCUAAUUAAGUGUGUUUCUUUAACAGAUGGCAUCAACUGAUUUUGAACCCCUUGCACUACCAGAACCAACAUAUGGUAUGGGUUUAGAACCAAUUGUUGGAGCAAACAUAUGUCAACAUUCGGACUUAAGCCUAGUUGCCAAAGUUAAACAUACAUUAGGAAAAGCAUCUUUCACGAAGCUUCAAUCUUCCUUCCUUGGGCACAUCAUCAAUCUUUCUGCCAGAGACAUUGGAUUUUCUGGGAAAAUAUUCCACUACUUGAUGCUGAGAAGGCUGAAGACAAGAGGGAGAAACUUAUGGUUUACAGUCGACAUGCAACCUCUUCGGUUUUCCAUGAGAGAGUUCUUCCUUACAACAGGGAUUCAAUGCGAACCUAUUCAUAGAGAACCAAGGAAUAACGGCAAAGAUCCAAUUAGUGAACCAUAUUCUUGGGCGGUGAGAGGAGAUUACACUUUAACUCAACUUCAAUAUCGACUAUUUAAUGAACCAGAAGAGGGUGAAGAACCUUUGGAUGACAAGGAAAAGGAAUGCCUCGCUGCAGUGGUAUUAACAGAAGGUAUUUUGAUGACACCAUAUUCAUUAGAGAAGAUACCUCUGUCUAGGCUUAAGCAUGCAUCGGACAAAUACCUACCAAACUAUGCCGUUAUUCCUUGGACAAAUACCUACCAAACUUCUGUUUUGCGAUAUGAGUAA